ACAUCAAAAACUUAAGUCGUAACGUUGUAUUUGAGCCAGCCCACCCAACCAAAGGUGUUCUGUUUUCCUUUUCUGGUAAAGUACACGCACGUCACAAGUGGUCGAUUGGGUGCAUCGAGACAAAGAUCGACGGUCGCCUUCAUUUUCAGCUAUCUUUGGAUUCUUUGCUCCUUUCUUCUUCUACAUCUAAGAUAUCGGCACCGGCACCUCCUGAAAGCACGUUGCAACUUGCUCGGAAAAGAAUAUGCUUUCAGAGCUAACUAUUGGAAGCCACUUUCAGCCGAAAGUUGUAAACUUGCACAGAAGGCAAAUCACGGGUGUAAAGCGGGGAGAACUGAACUUGUCAAGAAUUAGGUUAUAUCCAAAGAAUAAAAUUACUUGCAACUUUGGGCAGUCAGAAAAAGUAUCCUUCAGUCCCGAGGAACAUGAAAAGAAGAGGUAUUUUGUUAAAAUGUGUGGGAUUACAUCAGCUAAAGAUGCUGCAAUGGCAGCCGAAGCUGGUGCUGAUUUCAUUGGGAUGAUUAUUUGGCCCAACUCAAAACGUUCUGUUUCACUUUCGGUUGCCAAGGAGAUUUCAAAAGUUGCAAGGGAAUAUGGGGCAGAGCCUGUUGGAGUAUUUGUGGAUGACGACGCAGACACCAUAUUAAGAGCUUCUGAUUCUUCAAAUCUUGAACAUGUGCAGCUUCAUGGAAAUGGUUCUCGAGCUGCUUUUCCAGUUUUAGUGCAAGAAAAACGAAUAAUAUAUGUUCUUCAAGCAAAUGAAGAUGGAGACCUUCUAAACCAAAUUUCUGAUGAAGAAUGCUCUCUUGUUGAUUGGAUUCUUGUGGAUAGCGCAAAGGGUGGCAGUGGCAAAGGAUUCAAUUGGGCCCAGUUUAAGCUACCACUAAUUAGAAGCAAACAUGGCUGGCUCUUGGCUGGAGGGAUCAACCCUGAGAAUGUUUGUGAAGCUCUUUCUACUCUCCAACCUCAAGGGAUUGAUGUUAGUAGUGGUAUUUGUGCCUCAGAUGGCAUCCGGAAAGACCAAUUGCGAAUAUCUUCCUUUAUGAGUGCCGUAAAUUCUGUACACUUGUGAUCGAUAAUAGCAAAAUGAUUCAGAACUUCAAGACUUGAAUUGUGAUGGUGUUGUCAGAUCAUCAGACAUUUUGGAACUAGUGUAAUCUAGGAAGUUUUGAGCCAUUGAAAGGUGAAGAAAUUCCCCCUUCCCCCCUCUUUUCUUGAAUAAAAUUAGUUUUUGAGCUUC